UAUUUGUCUUUCUCUUAGCGUCAUAUGGCGUCAUGUAGUUUAAGCGUUCUUGUUCGCGCGUCUAAAUUGAAUCUAGUCUGAUGUUUGGCGUCAAUCUCCUUUGUAGUCUUCUUUUGUGUUAAAUUGAGUUUUGAUAGAUUAUGAUAUCUUCUUCUUUGAAGCAGAGAAAACAAUAGAAAGUCUUGAAUGCGGUGUCUUGUUUCCCGAUCGAAUUCUCGUCGCAUAUCGUGAAUUUUAUUCUUUUUUAAGUGAAAUUAAGGAUUGCAUUGGACCAGAAUAACACCUUUACAAAUUCAGGAUUUAUUAAACGAAGGAAGUACGCCAAGCUUAAUUGACUGACUCGCGGAUUUCCUCAUUUUAUCCUCGUCCAAAAUUAAUAUAAGGACUUUUUCAUCAGUCACAUACGAUACGGUUGAUGAGUCAGACAAUUCAAGAUCAAUUGCAGGAAAAUAACAUGGAUAAAAAAGAAAUAGGUGAUGAAGAAAGAGAAAAGAUGAUGAAUGCGCAAAAUACUAAACAUAUCAGCAAGCCACCUACUCCGGAUCUCGAAACAGAGGAACACAAACCAAAGAGGAAGAUCCCUAUUGGGGGAAUUAAAAUGCCGGGUUUUUGUCGAACUAAAAGUAAAGAACCAUGUGAGGAAAAUGACGUAAACGAUUCAGGAAAUACGGAGGUUGGAACAGAGUCAUUGUCUACGAAGGAAGGUGAGCAGAACCCUCCUGCUUCUGAAAAGUCGACAACUUCAGUGAAAGAAUUAAAGGAAAAAGAGGGACGAAGGGGAAUUCUUAAUUCCAUACGACUUCCUCUGGUUUCUGUCUUUCCUCGAAAAAAGAAGGACGCUGAUGUGGAGCAUGGCACCAUCGUUUUAGCCAGUGUCGAAACGCUUGAAGACGCUACGGAAAGGAAUCUAAUCGUCAAUGACGACGGCAUGGAAACCGUCCGCCUCGGUGGCGAUGCUAAUGAUGGCGGCGAUCUGCCAAAGCCGCAUCCUUUCAUUAUAUUUCUGUCCGCCGCAAGAAGAAACCUUUUCGUUUCAGUGGCUUCACUGCUGAUUCUACUAGCAGUGAUUGUCAUAAUCAGCGUGGCAUGCGCAGGUCCAAGGUAUGUUUUACUGGAGCCACCUCUUAAGGAUGGGAAGUAUAUCGCAGCACCGACUUCCUGUGGAAUGGUGGAGGGGAUUUUAGAGGAUGGUGGUUACGCUUUCCGGGGCAUACCUUACGCGGUUCCACCAAUCAACAAUCGCCGUUGGCAACCAGCUGAACCUCUGCGCAGAAUAGAGAAUUGCUGGUCCGACAUUUACUUAGCCCACAACAACUCUGCUAAUUGCUGGCAGCGAGAUUCUUCUGGGCGUAUUCAAGGGGUGGAAGACUGCCUAAAGCUCGAUGUUUUCACUCCAAAGGUCGAUACCAGGAAUCCCCUUCCCGUUGUCGUAAUGAUUGGUGCUGAAACGCUCAGUGGAGGCUCUCCUGGAGUUAUGCAACCAUCUUCAAAACUUGCAAGAGUGCGGGAAAUCGUUUUUGUGAGGCCAAACUUUAGAAUGGGUGUCUUUGGAUUUCUUGCUGUGGAGCCUCUAUCGAGAACGACGCAUCCACCGACCUCUGGGAACUACGGGCUUUCCGACAUUAUUGUCGCUUUAAAGUGGAUUCAGAAUAACAUUCAUCAUUUCGGUGGUGAUAAAAGCAAUGUAACGAUUUGGGGACAUCGAGCUGGCGGUACUCUCGUUACGACUCUAAUUGGUGCUCGAAAAGCAAAUGACCUCUUCGCUAGAGCUUGGAUUUCCAGUGGUAGCGCUAUUUUUCCUGGCGAUGAGCUUAGUAAAUCAGAGCAAAUGAAUGAUUUAUUUCUGAAUUUGACACGCUGUAGUGACUCGGCUUGUUUAAGGAGUAAAAGCGCCGAAGAGUUAAUGGACGCGGUGCCUGUUAGCUGGCAAGGUGAAAACGUAGAGCUUCCGGAACCAAAGGAGGCGGUGACUUCAAAAAAGCGACACGAGUGGCUUGUAUUGGAUGGAUCAAUUCUCCAAGAGCAUGUUGGUGAGAGUUGGAAAAAGCAGGAUCUCAAAGUCAAAGUAGUAAUGGGAUCUACAGCGCAGUCUGGAACUCCAGCCAAGUAUCUAGUAAAGAAUGCUACACUAGAAUCCACACAGGUUGAUAAGAUCGUCACAGAAUCGUUACUUGGAACGAUGGGACUUAAGGAGGAGACUCAAAGGCGUUAUAACUCAACUUUAAAAGGACUGGCAACAAUGAUCUCAGAUAUUAGGGUAGUGUGUCCUCUUCUGACCAUUGCUAAUUGGAAGAUAAACAUUCCGUUCUACGUGCGAACCAUGCCCCGAGGAGUUCUUGCCGAUCCAGACAGCGAUGCGGUAGCAAUUUUAGGCUCUUAUACUCCCCGAACGGUUGAAGAAAAGAGGCACAUAGAUGCCAUGCAAAAAUUAUUCAACCGUUUUGUUUGGUUCGGUGAAGUCAUUCAAUCAGAUCCAAGAGGUGCCAAGAGAGUUCUUAUCGUCGACCAGGACGUGCAUACCGAGAAGGAUUAUCCAAAUUGUGAUUUUUGGAUUAAAAAUAAUGUCGUCCCUAAAUACGGCAGGAUAGACUAAAUCGACCCGUCAUUACCCGUACAUUUUUUUGUUAUGAAAAAACUUAAUUGAUAGGUAAAUGUGGAAUAACCAUAGCAUAGAAAUUCCUGAAAGCUCUCUGAUACGGAAAUUAGCUUGACGUUUCAUUAUUUGCUCUCGUCGAAUAUAUCUUUUACCUGAAAAGCAACUUCGAUUAAAUUUCGAUUCUCGAAACACAUACAUGUGUACUCAAUUUCUGAUCAGUGUGAAAUAGUGGAAAAGAAAGGAAUGAAUGAUUUUACUCAUUCUUUACCGGAAUUCGGAAUAGGGGGUGGAGCUGUUCGUGGGCGUCAUGAACGUCAUCCCAUAUGGCCACCUGUACCCAAUAAUCUGCCACCCGAGGGAGCCAAAAUGAUCACAACAAUGUGUGUAUGUAUAAAUGUGAAUCAAAUUGUAAUAUAUUACUAUAGGAAGACACCGUCAUAGUAGAAUAGAUUCUUUACAAAAUCCAAAAUACAAAUCUCACACGAGCAUCGAAAGUGAAGAUAGUUCCAAAUACGAUAUAAUGCUAGAUCUUCAAAAAGCAGAAGCGUUGUUAAAAAAAGAGUGACUGUAUCGCUGGUGAAUAUAAUGCCGAUAUUUUUUUGUAUCAGUCCUUGUUCAUCAAGAAAGUAGUUCCUCAAUUCUCACGGACUAGAUCUUAUACUUUCAUCGUCACUGCUCUUCACUCAAUUUUAAAAAGCUUGCACAGUGGAAGAACUUUGUUUAGUGUGUAAAUACUUUCUCAACGAGUGAGAUGCCUAUGUAAUGAAAGUAUAACAUUUUCUAUGACAAAAUUCUUAGAAUUUAAACUCUUUUCAAAUGUUGAUGUUUUUAGCAUCUUCUUGAAUUACAUUUUGGCCCUAUUUAAUAUAUAAAAACUUUUCCGCUAAAACGCGCUGACUUCAAAGAUAAUAAAAUUAAUUUUUUUGGCAAUAUGACUCUAGUGGAUUUGGCCUAACUGUACACUUAAUGUGGCACGUGAUCAACAUCAAUGAAGCUUUAGCGGAGAUUAAACAACACUAUAGUUUACUUACUAACUUAUAAAUUUGGAGAAAGCAAUUUUUUCCGUAGAAAAUGCAUCUUCACCACCUACUUUUUCUUCCAAAGCCUUGCGAAACCGAAGACUUAAAUAUUUUACAAGAACGCAUUUUACAUAGAUUUUUUCGAUUUCUUAUAUUCAAUUUCAAUUUAAUAAAUGAAAAGCCCCCAGACAAAAUUUCGAUAAUUUAUAAAAUACAGAUUUUUAAGGUUUAGGUAGUAAAUUUGACAGGAACAGUACACAUGACACUGCAAAUGUAGUUCUAAAGAAUUUAGUGCUUUGUACCUUUAUUGUAGUGGAAUGUCUGAAUUGAAAGCUUUUAAAUGGAAAUUGCAAUUAGUUGUAUUAGGAAGCAGAUAUCCCAAAUGUGUGCAAGUUAUUUCCGUUUAUGUUUAGGCUACACCAACUAUGAUUUCAAGGUUAAAAUACAUUAGAUUAACUCGCACACAUUUCCUGUAAAAUAUCGAAAUUUUAGUACAAGAACCCUGUAUUAAAUCAAGUGUAACAUUGCGCUGCAGAUCAAAGAUAUCCUGUGAAAUCAAUUGAAAUAAAAUGAAUUUAAUAAGAAUCGAUACUGCAGUAGAGCGAAUCUGCUGGAAUCAAGAGCAUGUUUGAAAUGAAGUACUAGUUAGUAUCACCAAGCUACUAAAAUUAGUAUUAACGUGGAUGUUAACGCAGGACUCAAUGGAAUUCGUGAGGAAUCAAUGCGAAUUAAGAGGAUUAUUUAGCUUUGGUACUAAUUGAGUGAAUAAUCGUCCCUUGAGUUACGUUUGUUCUCCAAAUCCACAUUUCGAUAGUAAUGCUAUUUAUGAUAUUACUAAAUUUAGGGUAGUAAACUAUUGAUAUACUCAAGUAUUGAUAUUAAUUUAUUUUCACAAUGUUGUGAUAAAUUUGUGUUUAUAAUAUUGGGGCGUCUUUACUUUUAUAAAUUAAGUUCAGGGCAUAAUUAUCAUAGCUAUAGAAGCGUGUUAUGAUGCGACAAAUGACUGAAUGGGAACUCGAAGCCUUUUUUUACUUUGUUUUAUUUACAAUUGUAUUCUUAAUUGUUACAUUCUUUAAGAUACACUUAGUAUUAUUUCACGUCGCGAUUGCCUUGCCUGUCUGUAAUAAAAUGCAUGCAAAAGCACCCGCUUUCUAAUCGAUGUUUAGCAACUGUGUCGAUUUUAGUAAAGAGGCUUGUGAGGAAAACGAUCUGAUACCCGUUUAUAUGUUUUUUAAUUCUGACUGAAUUUUAACAAGUAGAUUUUGGUAAUAUUAAUCAUUUGAUGUAAACAGUGAAUUAUAAAUAAAUCGUGUGCGAUAUAAUUUAAGGUUUGACUUUUUUAUUAUAUCUUUCUAUUGAAAUCAGUCAAUCAUUAUAACUUAUUUGAGGAGGUCAGUGCAAAAAGUGUUUCAGUCACAAUUUUUUGUUAUCAAGUUAUUGUUAAUUGAAAGAUUCAAUGUGCGCCUACAUCUAUAUAUAAAUUUUUAAAGAUAUCGGAUUUUUCUUUCAUAAUUUUGGACUUUCGUUUAACAUAAUUCUUUAAUAAAAGCUACGAAAACAAAGGUUCUAUUGGUGUUACAAACAAAAUAAAAUUUGGACUUAAUAUCUUCUUGCGCUGAGAUGGACAAAUGGCGUAUGAAAAAACGUAACUAAGACAGAAAGUUGAAAAAAUAUAUCAUAAUUCUUUUUCAACAAUAUUAAUGAACGUAUAUCGGAGUGGGAAGUAAAAGUAAACUACUAAUAAAUGUUGGAGUAACUGAUAUCUUCUUCCUCAUUAAUAGUGUUCGACAUUAUAAGACUAUUUAUCAGUCAUUUUAACAAUUCCAGGUGAUACUCAUAGGAUUUUGUUGUUUUUAAAUACGAAUUCGCUUACAAAAAUGAUCUAGCAAGUCUGACUUAUGAGUAAAUUCGACGGGGGUCAAUUGAAAGCUUGAACAUUUUUUCUAAAGCUUUCAGAUCGGAAUGUACAUACUGAACAUUAUUGCGCAUGCCGUCUUGCCGCUUUAAUUUUAAAUUAAAGUUGUGCAAUAUGCUCGCGAGUCUUACUCAGACGUACUGAAGUAUCCUUACUUCUAUUGUCUCGUAAAUAUCACAGUUGAUGAGAAAGUCUUUUUGGUGGAUUUUUGUCCUUCUAGUUCUCAUGUUGUCAUUAUCGGCUAUCUUCAAAGAUAGUCUUACUGGAACGAGGGGGUUGUUCGGUGGAGGAUCUUGCUUUUGUCCUUGAUAAAGAACUUCAUAUCCCCCUUCACAUAAAAGAGAUGCCUGAUCUCUUAAAUACUGAGGCGUUUUAUGAGCAAAUCUCGGGUACAUAUUGACCCAAACAUUAUUUAACCUGUGCAUGUGUCCUCUUCGCGCCGGUGAACUUCCUUGCCAAUAGUUAAAGAUGUCCCUUCUUAGUUGGCCCGGCCAUUUAAAAUCAUGUUCUUGCGUUUGUCCGGGGCCAUUCCUGGCCGUAUCCUCGAUUCGGUUCUAUUGCCACUCCCUCUGAAUCAUAGCCUUCAUCCGAGAAAGGCCUGUUGUGGGUAACACUGCGCGAUACUGGUGACGUAACCUCAUAAUUCGUUGCAUUAGGGAGUUACCCCAAUGUAACGUGGAUGACUGCAAGAACCAGAGCUCUCGGGCCAUACAUUACUGUUUAUGAGAGAAGUUGUAGGCUCCAGAAGCUACGAUAAUGGUUCCUUCAAGCAACCAGUCUCGACGCAACUGGAACGUGUACGUCAUCCACUCCUGCUCAUUCUAUCCUAGAAGGUAAAGAAGAACGGGAAACUUACGCAAGAUAAUUCACAAACCCCUGUCUCUUAGAGUGCAAUUUCUAGCCACGUAUGACCUUACGCUGCAGCGGCACAGAUGUAUGAGAAGGUUUCACCUCUAGAUAUUUUUUUAGAGUUACCAAUUUUUUUACGGUUUUAGGAGGAAAAUUAUCGUCCGACCAGAUGCAGUGAUCCCAGAAGAACAGCCUUUUACAUCUGACUUGCGAUCGUCUGAGCUUGAGGCUGACAGGCCGGGAUUUUGUUGAGUU